AGAAUAUAUAAUAGUUUUUGAUCAUCAGUCAUAAACUCAACCACAUGAAUUACAAACAUUGGAUGUUUUGUAAAUUGUUAUUUUAGCUAGCUGGCUCAGCUAACAGUAACAAAGUAUAGCUAGUUUUAGCUAGCCAGACAUAUUAGUUGGCUAAUUAGCUUCUUGCUAGCUAGCUAGUUUCAAGUUUAAACGUUUUAUUGUCGCAUGCACAGGAUACAGCAGGUGUAAAACAGUACAGUGAAAUGCUUAACUUGCGAGCUCUUUUACAACAAUGCAGGAAUAAAGGUAUCUAAUAAUAUAGAUAAGAAGAAGAACACGCGUGAAAUACACACACAAAAAAAAGAAGAGAAACACGAUAAUGCAGUUAUAUCCAGUUUGUCAAUAAGGUUGCUGCAUAACGAAAACAAUUUGAACAGGAGACAGUAUGGCUAGCAGUGGCAGCAGAAGAAGUCGAUACCUUUGUGAUGUUGGGGAUGACCAUGACUGCAUUGAGGUGAAAUGUCCCAAGAAGUCUUUGCAGAAAGUCAAGUGGUCGAGGGAAGAGGAUGAGAGGCUGAAGAGGCUUGUGGAUGAACACGGAGCAGAUGAUUGGAAUGUGAUUGCAGAUAAUUUCAAGAAAAGGUCUGAGUCUCAGUGUCAGCACCGAUGGCAGAAGGUGCUCAACCCAGAGCUGGUGAAAGGGCCAUGGACCAAGGAGGAGGAUGAGAGGGUCAUCGAGUUGGUCCACAGAUAUGGCCCCAAGCGCUGGUCCAUCAUUGCCAAGCAUCUGCACGGGCGUAUCGGCAAGCAGUGCCGGGAGCGCUGGCACAACCACCUUAACCCUGAGGUGAAGAAGUCGUGCUGGACUCAGGAGGAGGAUCGGAUCAUAUACGCUGCUCACAAACGUAUCGGGAACCGCUGGGCUGAGAUAGCCAAGCUGCUGCCUGGCAGGACAGACAACUCUAUAAAGAAUCACUGGAACUCCACCAUGCUUAGGAAGGUGGAGCAUGAGGGCUACCUGCAGGACGUCCCGACUCGGGUCUACAAGACCAAGGCUUCCAUCAAGAAAAGGACCAAGUCCUCCUGCUCGUCCUGGCGGAGACAGAAUCACUAUUUCAUGACUAUCCCUACAAAGAUUUCAGGAUAUUCCCUUGGCUUGUUGGAUGGCCAGUACAUGGACAGUGUUCCUGAAACCUCUUUCUUUGUCCCGAACACGGAAGGUCACUACUCCAGCUGGUCCAGCAGCCUGACAGACGACGGUCUGACCAACACGACCCUGAGCAGCUUGGGGGACCAGAGUAUGGAGGGCCAUGGCUCGGCUGUCUACACUCCUAUGUCUCCCAGCAGGUUCCUGGCCGUGGAGGCAAGCGCUGUCCUCUCCUCCCUACAAACCAUCCCCGAGUUCGCAGAGACUCUGGAGCUCAUUGACUCGGACCCAGUGGCUUGGAGCGAGGUGACCAGUUUCAGCCUGAAGGAAAUGACUUCGCCCCUGAAACAGGAAGUGACAUUGUCUGUCUCUCAGGUGGGGAUGCCAGAAGGAGCUAGCUACCAUUUUGAGGACUCAGUCAUAAUGGACCUGAGUGAGAAAUACACUGAACUGAUGCCUGCCUCUUCACCCAACGUGACCAAGCUGAGCACACCUACCUCCAUCCUGAAGAGGAGGGAGAGUGGGGAGCAGUACCCUGCUAGUCAGUGUCACAGCGCCUCCUUUUUGGAUAACAGCACCUCCUCACCUAGCAUCACUCAUGUCAAAGCACUGCCAUUCUCUCCCUCCCAGUUUUUCAACGUGUCUGGAGUUGAGGAUUUGACUCUAGACAACCCAGCUCUGACGUCCACCCCAGUGUGCGGUCACAAACGUGCCAACACCACCCCCCUCCAGAAGGAGUUAACAACUAAGUAUCAGAAGGAGAAUGCUGGGUUCAGGACCCCCAAGAUUCGUAAAGCCAUCAUGUUUCCCAUGCCACUAACUCCAACACCCUUCAAGACUGUCACGGCCACCCAAGAGAAGAUGCAGGCCCAGCUGAAAAUGAUGAUGCAGCAGCCCCAGUCCCUGGCCUACCUGGAGGAAGAGGUGCUGAGAGAGGAGAACAAGGUUGAUAUGUUAAUUCAUGGAGAAACUCAGGCUGACUUCUGCUCCUCCUGGAAACAUGAGGUUGAUCCAUCGUCCAGGAGUGUUAGGAAAUCCCUGGCUGUGGAACCCUGGAGUAAGGACUGCCACAGUGCUCAACUCUAUUCCCAAGAACACUUCAACAAUGUACAGAUCCAUGGGGAGAGCCUGCUGAUCAGCGCGCCCCUGAGGUCAUCCAUGCUGGGCUGUGAGGAGCUGGUGUACUCGCCAUCCCCUGUAGUAGUACCAGGGAGAGAGGAGCCAUGCUGUUACCUGCCCCACCACACCCUCACCAUCGCCCCGAGGAGAGACGACAACUGUGAGUGGGAUGCUGUGGUAUUUGGGAAGACUGAUGAUCAGAUGAUCGUAGCUGAGCAGGCCAGACAGUUCCUCAGCUCCCAGACACCUGGCUUUACCUCCAGAACCUUGGUACUCUGACAGGAUCUCAAUACUACUUAGGCUGUUUUUAGACAUUCAGCCCAAUUCUGAUUUUGUUUGCCACUAAUUGGUCUUUUGACCAAUCAGAUCAGAUCUUUUGCCAGUAAUUGGGCAAAAGAUCAGAAUUGGGCUGCUUUAGUAGUGCAGCUUUAGUAGCUAACAGUUAGCCUGGUCCUUCUGUUUGUGCUGUCUGGCUUGACACUGACGAUGGGAGUUGGCAAGAGAGCACAAACAGAUCUGGGUCAGACUAGCUAACAGUCACUAAGAUAGUUUUUACACAGAGGUAUGCUAAUACUAGACAAUCUUACUAUAGGUAGGAAACAUCAUAUUACCUACUUUUAUUUUUUGUCCAAGAUUCCCACAAAACAACCACUUGUAUUUCUUUAUUUGUCUGUUUUCAAUUAGAGGUUGAUAGGAAAAUGACAACCACAUGUAGCCGAUUAACCAUACUGGUAGCAAUUAAUGUAAGUUAUUUUGUAUUUAAUAACCUUAUUUUGAAUGUGCUCCGUUAGCACUUAUUAUUUAAAAGGUGAAUAUGAAGAGAAAUUCAUAAAUUGAAGUCUUAAAGACCAUAAUUCUGUUGAUUUUGCACUAUAAAAAAGUGGUAUCUCUAUGUGAUGCAUACUGUAGCAAGAGAAAGGUGGAGGCAUUUAAUGAAUGUUUUCUGCAUUGAAGGUGCAGAGAAAUUGGAAUGGGUACCUUUUAAAUUUAUUGUGCAGAAGCCUUUGAAGCUUUUCUCAUCAAAAAUCAUAUUUAAGUUGGACAUCUGAAGGUGUUAAUGCUGUGUUACUGUUAAACAAAACCCCACCUGAUCUGAAUUUUUAACACUUCAUCAGUGAAUCAUGUUGGAUACUGAAUGUACUUUUCAAAACUUAUAUUGAAAUGUACUGUUACUUCUUUGCACAGACUGUAAACAUUUUCUAAUUAUUUUGAAUUGGACAAUAGCUUGUGUAUCUAAUAUCUCUCCCUGGAGAUGAAAGCAUUGCAAAAACACAUCCUGCCCCAUGUUCACAUUUUGUCCCAUAUUAUUACAAACACCGUUGAUAGCCUUCCACCUCAGAUGUCUAUGCAGAUGCAAAUUGCACUUAUUGUUUUCAAAAUGUGUGUAUUCCUUUGGAUGUAGCAUACACAUUUUGUUAUGAGUUAAUGUACUGUUAACUGUUAUUAUUAACCAGAAGUAAUGGUGAUGGAGGAGUUGGGUAUUGUGGCAUGGUACUGUGUGCAUAUUUUGCUGCUACUGAGACAAAGCAGGUCAUGCACUUCUGAGGGUCAGAAGCCAUUGGAAAAAUACUGCCUGGGAUAAACAUACUUGAUGUGUACAUAAGUUAAAGUACUUGCUCUAUGGGUGUCAAAAGAGUUUGUUUUAUGUUUAUGAAAGGUACACUGAUGCAGUGUAGAAUGAUUUUACUUACCGGUAGCUAAAAUUGUAAAAUGGAUAGGUAUGUAAACUGAUUCCUUUCUUAGCAAAGUUUUAAACAUGGAUUUUAAUUUGAAAUCAUAAAACACUAUUUAGCAAGUUCCGUAAGGCAUUUUUAAGAAGGUCAAGUGUUGAUCUACAGUAUUUGAUUCUGAAUCUUAGUGUGUUAAUAGUUUUACCCUACAUUAAGAAGUAUUUUAUCAACCCGUGCAAGCUAUAGGUAAUACAUCCAGCUAAAUAUAGGGAGUGACAUUUUUUGGCAAAUAGGUUUCAGUUGGUAGGAGUACUAGGGCAACUGAAGGAUAUUCCAAUCAAAGUUCAUUUCAAGUGUACUGCAUCUUUGUGUAAAGAUUUAUUGUAAUAUGGUUUAACAUUUUGUUUACCUGUAAUAUAGUUUAUUUUUAAACCUGUUCCUAAUUAUAGGUUUGGAGGGGAAAAGGUACAUGCAGCACUGUGGUCUUUUAUAAAAUAUAAAUUUGUUUUUCAGUUUUUAUGACACAUUGUUUAUGUCACCUAUGUAUAGAGUCACUGCCAACUCAUGCACAUGUACCUCAGUUUGGUAAUAAUAAAAUGCUAAAACUAU